AUGCAGCAGGUCGCCACAAAGCCGGCGAGCAGCUUCGCACCGAUCAAGAGUUCGGCGACUGCAUUCGGUGCGUCAAUGCCGUCGCAGGGCCAAGUGGCGGACCCAAACCUCUAUGGCAUGCCGGCUGGGUAUCCGUCGGCGAAUCAGCUGGAAGUCCAGCCAAUGGAGCAGGCCAACUACGAUGCCAACGCGAGCAAGGCUACCUACGCGAAGCGCCUGCGCCAUGGUGAAGAGUGCAAAUCCGCCACCGUGGAUGGGGUGCAGCGCGCGGACAAGCCUGUACUGGGGGCGGCCGAUCCACAGCGGGUGAACAGCAACCUCCCCAGCGAUUGCCCAGCAGUCGCCCGCUCUAUGGGCGAUCAGGCGCACAACACCUUCAACGUUGACCGCGGCUCCUUUGCGCACGACGCGUACCGCAACGGGUGUCUCGGCGCCGGCUCCUUUCAUGGAGGCAUGCCAGGCUCGAUGAUGAUGGGUCGCAUGGGCUCCAUGUUUGGCAUGGGAGGCCCCAUGAGGUCCAUGUACGGGAUGGGCAGCAUGUACGGCAUGAACGUCUCCCGCCCAGCCUCGCUGUUCGGGUCUAUGUACGGUAGUCAGUAUGGGAUGGUGCCGAUGGAGUCGAUAUACAGCUUGGGAGGCUCGAUGAACCGCAUUGGAUCCAUGUACGGCAUGGGGAUGUCGAUGAGGUCCGUAACGGGUCCGAUGGGCAUGAUGGGCUGCCCGACGGGAUCGAUGUACGGCAUGAACCCUGGCAGCCAGUUUGGUCCGAAUGGCUUCAGCAGCGUCUACGGCGAUCAAUUCCAACAUGGCAUGCGCGGCUCGCAGUACAGCGGCGCCAGCAACUUCGGCAUGUUUGGCGUUGGAAGUGGCUACCAACCGCAACUCGGCUACGGCCCCACCGGCAUCACUCGCGCGGGCGAGGCAAGCGGCACGAAUGGUGCCGCCGAUGCCGGUGCCUUCCCACCGGGUCCUGUGGAGCAGCCUGCAGCGUUGUCCAAUAAGGCGCCGCUUCGGGCGGUCACGCAGACUUCUGGUGCGGAGAAAAAGAGCAGCGAGCGCAAGAGCGGCGUGGUGGGUCUGCUGGUCAUUUCUGCUGCCGCGAAUCCGGCGACGACGGUGAUGCUGUCGAGCGACCCGCCAAUUGCGAUGGCUGCUGAUGAGGUGCUGCGCACGGGUCCCAGCGCUCAGGCCACCGCCGUCGCGAUAAUACGCAGUCCCACCUGCCAAGGUGUCUACAACAGCGUCAAGGCUGGCCACAACGCGGCGCUGCUGCUCGCGACGGACGGGACGACGGAGUCCCGCUCGAUGGCAGCGGAGGUGGUGAGGCAGGUGCUGGCGGAAGCGCUGUCGGAAACGGCGAAGGCGGCUGCCAGCCACGGCUCUCUGGGCUACUUCGACGCUCGUGUGUCUGCCUGUGCGCUGCGCAGCGCUACGGAGGCGAUCGACUGCGUCGAGGGCGACGCUGUCACGAAUGUAGAGGUCGGCUCACAUCCGGUGUUUGGAACCGCUUUCAUGAACGUUGGCACGGUUACGGUGCGCAGGAUGGAGACGCAUAUGCCCCAGGUCGACGCGGCGAUCACGGCGGCGUGCGGGAGGCCGGAUGCCAAAGUGGCUGUCAUCGAGGCCGUCGUGAAGCAGGUGCGACCGUCGCAGAAGGGCAGCAGCUCCACGGCUGUGCUGCUGUCCUCGAUCCUGUUCCUCGUCAGCAACGUGACAACGGAGCAGCAGUCAUACUUCGAGGCUUUCCGUAACGGCGCAAGCGUACCACCGGCCCUCAUCAAGGGCUGCAUUGGCGGGGCGUGCCACACCGUGGCGGUGCUGUGCCUGCCCAACUGUACGGACCCCUCGGCCGCCAAUGAGGCCAUGGCCUCACUCAACACAAUCUGCAACAUCCAAAACUCGACGCCGCGCAGUGGCAACCUCGCCCGGUUUAUCGCUUUCGCGACAGGGGAGAGCGAGAAGAUGAGGCAGAAGCCAAAGGUAGAUACAGCAGUGCUGGAAAAGGUAAAUGCAAUGCUGGCUGACGGCCGCUCCAUCCUCCAGGACCCGCGCAACACCGUGCCUGUGGCAUACCCAUGCUCGCCACAGAGCACCCUGAGUCGCGCAGUGAACACGCCACAGCUCUCGUCGCGCGACAUCAACGCCCACGCCACGGAGAAGGGGCGUGACGCGUCGAACCCGAUUCGCGUGGUCGUCAUCGCGAGCUCGCAGGCCAGCAAUACGUUUCCACAGACGUUUAACGUUGGCCCAGAUGACAAGUCUAUUGUGGACGCCGCUAGUGGCACCAAAGCAUCUGUGCUGGAGCUGGUGACCUGUGCCCCGGAGGACUGGCGCAGCACGACGCCGGAGCUGGUGAACGAGGUGCAGACUCUGUUCCAGAACGGUAACAACACUGCCAUCGUCGGCACUGUCUCGCCAAACGAGGUGAGCAUGCUGAGCAAGCAGCCGCUGUGGAUGUCCUACAAGGGCAUGGUCUCCUCCCUCCUCAGCGUCGCUACACAGAAGUACAAGUUUGCUGAAGUGAGCCUCAGCAUCGCGGUUGUCGGCGGCAACGAGCUGCUCGCGGACCUUUUGGUCGGCAUGGACUCGGCAGCCCCGGCGGCGCAGACCUCGCAGAAGCUCUCCGUGGCGUAUUCGCCGCUCUUCGGCCCUACCGUGUACAAGGCGACGAUCAUCAAGCAGCCCACGCCGCUUCAGCUUGAGUCCACCAUCAACGGUGCCCUCUCCCAUGUGCCGACGAUUAUGCAGCAGUACCCGAACAAGAAGACGGUGAUCAUCGCGUCGGCCGUCAUGAAGGGUGUCACGGCCACGGAUGUGUACACGAGCUCGAUGCUGGCCGCCAGUGUCGUGGACCCGACCGUGCUCAUCGACAUCCUUGACAAGAAGCCGGACGCGCCGCAUGAGCUGUUCGACUACGCGUUUGGGGGCCCGUGCUGUACCUUGUUCCUGGCCCACGUCAUUCAGGGUGACUCUGGCGUGGGGAAGCUCAUUGAGCUGAUAAACCGACUCAAUGCGACACAGAACCGCAGCGUCAGGACGUGCAGCGUGAAGAAGUUCAUCGCCUUUGCCGAGGAGAGCCUGAAAAAGGCGGAUAUCAAGUUAGCCGCGGCCAAGUCGGAGACGGAGAAGGAGACAAUUCUGCGCAGCAAGAAGAGUAUGGAGGUGUUCCACGCCGAGUACAAGACCCUCAUCGAGGAUCCCGAACACCACGACCCGAAGACGUACCGCCGCAGCGGAGGAGGCAUCGGCUCCUCGGGCACUGGGGCCGCCACCGCCACUGCGGCCAACUCCAGCGCGGGCAAGACGCGCAGCCUUGCGACCCCAAUCACCGGUGGAGUUUCGGCCGAUAAGUCUCGGAGGAGCGCCGACGCCGACGAGAAGAGCAGCGAGCGAAACGCGAAGGCUGACGACGCCAAGUCGUCUGGCAGCCGUCACAGCUCUAGUCACAGGAUAGCUUCGGCAGACGGGAAGAAGCGGCGCCACUCCAGUAGUCGCGCUAAAGCUGACCACAAGCACCAUCACAGAUCCUCCAAUGGCAAGAAGUGA